GUCUGCAAGUAAUAUGCGUCACCUGGUGAUCGCCGCGCUUGUGGCCUGCCUCCUACUGGGAGUCACUUUGGCCGAUCCCGGACCAAACCCAGGCUUCCUCUUCAAGGGAUGCUGUGGGAGCGGCUACGGUGGCGGCUACGGUGGAGGCCACGGCGGUGGGUACGGUAGCAGCUAUGGUAAAGGUCACAAAGGCUACGGCAAAGGCCAUAAAGGUGGCAGCCAUGGCGGUGGUUACGGCGGCGGCCAUGGUGGAGGGUAUGGUGGCGGUCAUGGUGGAGGGUAUGGCGGCGGCCACGGCGGCGGCUACAGCAAGGGCAAAGGACUAGGUCUCUUCAAGUUUAAGUGUUGCAACUUCGGCUACGGUGGAGGCGGUUACCACUGAAGACAGCAAACCGAAGUCCCGUCCCGCGCCACGUAAGCCCUCCUCGCCUCUAGUACCCCGAACACCACCCAACUGCUCAUUGAAGAAAACGGAAGCAUUGAUCUUACACUGAAGCAAAAUGGCAUAACACAAGUGGAAACACUCGCAGGAAAGGAUCAUCUUUGUUUUUUUUUGUUUUUUUCUAUCCUUUUUUCCUGGAAGACAAUUUCUAUGUUGUUUUUCCUCUAUUGACAUUGUUAUCAUUACUAUUCUUUUUCACGCAAACAUUUGUUUACUCAAAGCCAUAAAUCAAGAAAUCUUAAAUUGAAUCAAUUUAAGUUAAAUACCAAUGCGAAAGGAUUUUUUUUUUCCAGAACAUCUAUUUCUUUAUAUAAUUUAUAUUAUUUAUACAGUUAUUAUUGAUUCAUCUGGUAGCCAUCUGUUUGAGUUCACCUUAGAGAAAAAAGGAAAAAGAUAAGUGUAUGUUAAACAAAUGACUGAAUAAAAGAUUAAAAAACGAAUAAAGAACACUAUCAAGCUAAAUCGAUCAUAAGCCAACCAUGGGAAUGAUUUGAUCUUACAUUCAAGUAUUUCUAUUUCUUGAUGUAAUUGCCAUUUUUUCUCGCUUGUGCACUUGUUUCUGAGCUCAUCCACUACAGAAAAACAAAACUAAAUUAAAUCAUUCCUAACCUGGUAGCAUUUUUCUACCUCCCCAUGUUUCCAAUUUUCGUGUGUGCCAUUAUCAAUUCAACUUUAUUAUUUUUUCUGUAAACCAUUUGUUAUUGACUUUACCUAAAACCAAUAAAGCCAUAUGAAAAAAAUAAUAA